AUGCUGAGAAGCACUGUAGGUAGACUGGUCGCUCGUCGGGCGUAUGCUUCUGCACCAAAAUCUAUGACAAUCGGGUUGAUCCCAGGUGAUGGUAUCGGUAAGGAAGUGAUCCCAGCUGGCAAGCAAAUCUUGGAGAAAUUGACCGGUAAACACGGUUUGAGUUUUGAUUUCAUCGAUUUGCAGGCUGGUUGGGGUACUUUCCAGGAAACCGGUAAGGCUCUGCCUCAGGAGACUGUUCAGGUUUUGAAAAACCAGUGUCAGGGUGCUCUAUUUGGUGCUGUGCAAUCACCUACGACCAAGGUGGAAGGUUAUUCGUCGCCAAUUGUGGCGCUGAGAAAGGAACUGGGCCUGUUCGCUAACGUUCGUCCAGUCAAAUCUGUCGAGGGCACCAAGGACAGACCAGUCGAUAUGGUUAUCGUCAGGGAGAACACGGAGGAUCUGUAUAUCAAGGUGGAGAAGACUUAUGUGGACGAAGCGACCGGAACUAGGGUCGCUGAAGCCACCAAAAGGAUCUCAGAGGUUGCAACCAGAAAGAUCGCUACUAUUGCACUCGAUAUCGCUCUGCAGAGGUUGAAAACCAAUGGUCAUGCAACUUUGACAGUCACUCACAAGUCCAAUGUUCUAUCGCAGAGUGAUGGUCUAUUCAGAGAGAUUUGCAAGGACGUCUAUGAAAGCAAUAAAGACAAGUACGGCCAAGUUUCCUAUAACGAACAAAUUGUCGACUCUAUGGUCUACAGAAUGUUCAGAGAGCCGGAGUGCUUCGACGUUGUGGUGGCUCCUAAUCUAUACGGUGACAUUCUCUCGGACGGUGCGGCUGCUCUAGUCGGGUCCCUAGGUGUUGUUCCAAGUGCAAACGUAGGCCCAGAAAUCGUGAUUGGUGAACCUUGUCACGGUUCGGCACCAGAUAUCGCCGGUAAAGGCAUCUCCAACCCAAUUGCUACAAUCAGGUCCACAGGUCUCAUGUUGCAAUUCUUGGGCCAUAACGAACCUGCUCAGGAUAUCUACAGGGCCGUCGACGCUAAUUUGAGAGAAGACAAGAUCAAAACUCCAGAUUUAGGCGGUAACUCUACCACUCAAGAAGUGGUUGAUGACAUUUUGUCGAAAUUGUAA